AUGAUGAAGAUGAACCGUGUGAUGUGUGUGUUGGCUGUUCUGCUGUGCUUCGCCUGCGGGUAUACCAUGGCGGCUGCUGCUACUACUGCUGCUGGACAGCCAAAGGCGGUGAUGGCUGAAUUUUAUGGAAGUUAUGACACUGCUCUUCUUAAGGAGGAGUGGGACAAAAAGCAAAAGGAGAAAGAACUGCUGAAGCAACAAGAGCUGAAUAAGCAAAAGGUUACAGCGCCCCUUCAGACUCCAGAACGAUUACAACCAGAGACUCAUCCAAACGAAGAAACCACUGGAGACUUGCGGAACCAAAAAGGUGAUUCUGCUCCAUCUCCGGAGGUUAAACGCCCUGAGGGAGUAGACACUCCUGUUGCCGCUGCUGCUGAAACCACUUCCCAACCCAGUCCUGUUGUGGAGGUCGUGUGUAUGUCCACGGAAGAACCACAUUUACAUCGCGCUGAUAACACUGUGGAACGCCCAUGCGAGACAAACAAAACUGGGCCUGCGUGUGAGGCUUACAAAAAGCUUUGCAAGGCUCGUGCUGAUAGUGUAUUUUCGGGUCUCUACGAUCCCAACGUUAUGAAGCCCAAUAAUAACAGGCCAACUGGAAGUGGUGACGCGGACACUACGUCGCCAGUCACACAAGGUGAUCAAGAAGCUUCGAAUAGCAAUGGGGGUAACAGUACACCUGUUAACUCUAAUCCUAACCAAGAACCUCCUGCAGCGGAGAGCAGUACCACAAACGAGAAUACAGCUAACCAGCAAUCUCCUCCAGCGGCAGAAGAUGCAACUACACCAUCAGCCCCACAAGAAAAUAGCAAUGCUGAUUCAACGACCACUACUCCGUCAAGUCCCGAGAACACUACCACAGAAGCACCAUCCACCACUCCAACUCCUUCAACCGAUGCAGAGAUCAGCACUAUUGCACCCACCGAGCAGAACAGUGCCAAUGCUGAUAGCAGCAGUAUCAGUCCUCUGUGGAUGCGCACUGCCGCACCUCUGCUGAUUGUGGCUGCGUUGGUAUUGUAA